GUUUUAGAGAAUUUGGUAGUACGUCCAACCGGCCUCACAACCGCCAGCCCAGGGCCUCCACAUCUGGCUUCUUCACCUGCGGGAUCGGGCUCAGGAGUAUUUGUCUUUUUAAUAGAGGUCUUUUGUAGGGAAGAACAAAUUCUAAUUGACUGGGCCUGGCUCCCCAGUGGGUGGGCUACUGCUGCACCCGUGCUCAGUCAUGUGAAAUCCAAAUCAGCAAAGUCUCUGACAUUGUUGCGUUUAUAUCUUUGAUCAGUAUAUUAGUGAUAGUGAAUUUACGUUAGUAUGGUUAUUUUGUUGGGACGGUUAUUAACUGAGCUAGUUAGCUAACUGUGACUUCUGCUUAAACUUUAGCCAAAGAUUUUUAUUACUAAAAUAGACCACAGCCUGUCGUUUCCAAUGGGAACAAAUUAGUCACAGUGGGCAGAGCCAAGCACAAGCUAGCGUGAUCCUAUUGUCGCGUUCUAGUAAACAUUUUCAUAUUUCCGUUAGGGAACUCCUACUUUGAAGUGGCAAUAACUCAAAUCGCCUUUGCAGUCCUAAACAACGCAAUUAAAAUAUAAAAAAUAAAACUUUGCCAAAGGUUAAAGUCUACAAAACUUUGUACACUCUGUUCAGCAAAUAUUUUAGUUUUGGGAACAGAACUGUAUUGACAUUAAAUGUAUCAUUGAGAAUUUGCAGAAUGUCGGCCAAAAUCCACAUCGUUCCAUUUUCUCCCUCAUUGUUCUGUGCUUUAGCCCUCUGAACAUUAGCCAAAGUUUAUCAAGAUGUUAUCUGACAAAAAGCUGUCACAUCAGCAGCUGAUGUUCCUCUAUGAAUGUCAAAUGGAAACAAAUGCCAACGUUAUAUAAACAAGGAGCUUCAGUACACUGCCGUCUCCCAGGCAUCAAUCUUAUCAGUCAGUACCACUGACUAAACCUACAAGACUGAUGGACUUUAAUCAUCCCUAUGAAGAUCAUUCAACUGGAAGAGUUGGACUGAAUGCGCUGUGCUUCACAUGCAAGAUACAUUUACUGUUGCACGGUUUGAAUGAAAAAUGACUGGGAGAAGCCAGCACUAUGGUUUCCAGUCAGCCACGACGAUGCAGCCUGCCAAUGGAGGACAUGCCUACCUAUUUGGGAACAGCGCUGAGAACGAUCUCGCUGAGGACGGAGAGAGCUACGAGCUGCGCACCCGAGGCCGGGACCGGAGGAGCACCUCCAGGGAGAAGUCAGACGACAUUGUCCACCUGGUCCGAGACAUUAAAGAAGGGGACACUCUGAAUAGCUUCUCCCUGCAGUACCACUGCUCAGUAGCAGACAUCAAGAGGGCCAACAACCUGUUGACAGAGCAGGACUUCUUUGCGCUGAGAUCCAUCAAGAUCCCUGUGAAACGUUUCAGCAUGCUGACAGAGACCCACAACACUACUGCUCUCAAAUCUGCCUCCCCCACAGGCCACCGACGCAUCCACCAGCCCCCCGUCUCCACAGAGACUUGCACAGACUCCUCCUCCUCCACAGACAGUGUGGGCAGCUUCCUGCAGGAGAAGGACAAGGACAUUGAGCUGCUGGUCAAGUCCACUGGCACCUCCAGAAGCAGCCUGAACGAGGUGGUCUCCUCCCUGACCCUCCAGCAGCCCUUACUACUGGGGGAGCCUGACUUCAAGCCUGUCCUCAGGAAGGACCCCUACCAUGGGGCAGACUGGGGCAUGAGGUGGUGGAUGGCGGUGGCCAUCAUGGUGGUGGUUGGCAUCGUCACACCAGUGUUCUACCUGCUGUAUUACGAGGUGCUGAUGAAGGUGGACGUGAGCCACCACACCACCACGCUGUCGGCCAAUCCGAAUGGCAUGCAGAAUGCCCAGAUGCCUGAGCCUGUGGCAAUCAAUGGAGGGCCCAACUCAAGACCUCAUGCUGGAAACGUACCUAAACCAGACUCACAUGGACACAAUGUGGAUGACCACCUUGGCCCCAAGAAAGAGAAAACGUAGCGAGGGUGAGAGUCACACUGAAGGAGUGGGAGAUAUUUCUGAGCAGUUCUAUUUGGUACAAUCUGAGAAUCACUUUAUGGGGAACAGAAUCCAUAGGAAAAUUAUGGAGGGGAAUAAUUUUCCGUGGACAUACGUAUGUUUUUUAAAACGUUUUUAAAGCAUUUUUUUCUUUUUCCCCGCACAGAGGUACCCAACUGCUUAUUGUCCCCUUUGUCAGCUGAUGGAACUGUUUCCGUAACGCUGUCUAAAGGGAUGGUGCUAUCAGGGAUCCUUGGGAUGUCCCUACCCUUAACCCCUACGUUACCAUAUGAGGUUUCAACUUUAAUGGGUUGAUGUCAGUUGGACAUCCCAAUGACCCUGUCUAAAGUGAGGGUUAUUUGCUUGGUCAGAAAAGUACUGAUUGCUGCCACUUAUCAAUGACAGUAAUUUGAGGAAUAUUGGUCUUGUACUUACAAUAUCAGUAUUGUCUAAAAUGUGUUACAAAUCUUGAACCUUGCUUGUAUAUUUUUUUGGCCUGUCUAGGGAGAACUGCAUUUUGACUCACAAAACCUAUAUUUCUACUUAGGGCAUGGUAACAAAACAGGAAAUGCACAAUAUUCCCAAACACUAGCUUGCUAUAUUCUAGUGACAUGUUAUUUUAGUUCCUUUUCCCUCAUGUCCAUUUCAUAAAAUCAUGUGUAACAAACAGUAUGUGCCUUGAACUUGUGGAACACUACAACAGGCUGAAAAAUAAGUAUAUUUUGAAUAAAUUAUUGAUGCUCAGACUUUG